AGCGCUGGCUGGAUUCAGGUUCCUGUUGUGGGAUAGUUCUCUAAAAAUGGCUCAGAGGACUUUGCAAGAAGACCCUGAGAGGUACCUUUUUGUGGACAGAGCAGUAAUCUACAACCCUGCUACCCAGGCUGAUUGGACAGCUAAAAAAUUAGUCUGGAUUCCAUCAGAACGUCAUGGCUUUGAAGCUGCCAGCAUCAAAGAAGAGAGGGGAGAUGAAGUGUUGGUUGAAUUGGCUGAGAAUGGAAAGAAAGCCGUUGUCAACAAAGAUGAUAUUCAAAAAAUGAAUCCUCCCAAAUUUUCUAAAGUAGAAGACAUGGCAGAAUUGACCUGCUUAAAUGAAGCCUCUGUUCUUCAUAAUUUGAAGGAUCGAUACUAUUCUGGGCUCAUUUAUACCUACUCUGGACUCUUCUGUGUAGUAAUAAAUCCAUACAAGAACCUUCCAAUUUACUCUGAAAACAUCAUUGAGAUGUACAGGGGAAAGAAACGUCAUGAAAUGCCUCCACAUAUUUAUGCAAUAUCAGAAUCUGCAUAUAGAUGCAUGUUGCAAGAUCGUGAGGACCAAUCAAUUCUUUGCACAGGUGAAUCAGGUGCUGGGAAAACAGAAAAUACUAAGAAAGUUAUUCAGUAUCUUGCACAUGUUGCUUCCUCACAUAAAGGAAGAAAGGACCACAAUAUUCCUAGUGGAUCCCCAUUGUAUGGUGAACUAGAGCGUCAGCUUCUACAAGCCAAUCCUAUUCUGGAAUCCUUUGGAAAUGCGAAAACUGUGAAAAAUGAUAAUUCCUCCCGCUUUGGCAAGUUCAUCAGAAUAAAUUUUGAUGUUACUGGCUAUAUUGUUGGGGCCAACAUUGAAACAUAUUUAUUAGAAAAAUCACGUGCAGUUCGUCAAGCCAAAGAUGAACGGACUUUUCACAUUUUCUAUCAGCUUCUAGCCGGGGCUGGUGAACAUUUGAAAGCUGAUUUGCUCCUUGAAGGGUUCAACAACUACCGAUUUCUGUCCAAUGGCUACAUACCCAUUCCUGGCCAGCAAGAUAAAGAUAACUUCCAGGAGACAAUGGAGGCCAUGCAUAUCAUGGGCUUUUCUCAUGAUGAAAUACUAGCUAUGUUGAAAGUGGUAUCCUCAGUACUACAGUUUGGGAAUAUCUCCUUCAAAAAAGAGAGAAACACCGAUCAGGCAUCUAUGCCAGAAAAUACAGUUGCACAGAAGCUCUGCCAUCUGUUGGGAAUGAAUGUAAUGGAAUUUACUCGAGCAAUACUCACUCCACGUAUUAAAGUUGGCAGGGACUAUGUCCAAAAAGCCCAAACCAAAGAACAAGCAGACUUUGCUGUAGAGGCAUUGGCAAAAGCUACAUAUGAACGUCUUUUCCGUUGGCUUGUUCACCGUAUUAACAAAGCUUUGGAUAGAACUAAACGGCAGGGAGCUUCCUUCAUUGGCAUCUUGGAUAUUGCUGGAUUUGAAAUCUUUGAGUUAAACUCUUUCGAACAACUGUGCAUCAACUACACCAAUGAGAAACUGCAGCAGUUAUUCAACCAUACCAUGUUUAUCUUGGAACAAGAAGAAUACCAAAGGGAGGGUAUAGAAUGGAAUUUUAUUGACUUUGGACUGGAUCUACAACCCUGCAUUGAUUUAAUUGAACGACCUGCUAACCCUCCUGGUGUAUUGGCUUUGCUGGAUGAAGAAUGCUGGUUCCCUAAAGCAACUGACAAGACUUUUGUAGAAAAACUGGUCCAAGAACAAGGUACUCAUUCCAAAUUCCAAAAACCUCGGCAGCUGAAGGACAAGGCAGACUUCUGCAUUAUCCAUUAUGCAGGAAGGGUGGAUUACAAGGCAGAUGAAUGGCUAAUGAAAAAUAUGGACCCACUGAAUGAUAACGUGGCAACUCUUCUGCACCAGUCUUCUGACAGAUUUGUUGCAGAACUUUGGAAAGAUGACAUUCACAAUAUUCAGAGAGCCUCUUUCUAUGACAAUGUUCCUGGUUUUCCUGAUGCACCAGUGGACCGUAUUGUGGGCUUAGAUCAAGUCACUGGAAUAACAGAGACGGCAUUUGGCUCAGCUUAUAAGACCAAGAAGGGGAUGUUCCGUACAGUAGGGCAGCUAUACAAAGAAUCACUCACCAAACUGAUGGCCACACUACGAAAUACUAACCCAAAUUUUGUUCGCUGCAUAAUUCCAAAUCAUGAGAAGAGGGCUGGAAAGCUGGAUCCCCAUCUUGUUCUAGACCAGCUCCGUUGCAAUGGUGUUCUCGAAGGAAUACGGAUUUGUCGACAGGGAUUUCCAAACAGGAUCGUGUUCCAAGAAUUUAGACAGAGGUAUGAGAUCCUGACUCCAAAUGCAAUUCCUAAGGGUUUUAUGGAUGGAAAGCAAGCUUGUGAGAGAAUGAUCAGAGCACUGGAAUUGGAUCCUAACCUCUAUAGAAUUGGUCAGAGCAAGAUUUUUUUCCGAGCUGGAGUUUUGGCGCAUCUUGAAGAAGAAAGAGAUUUGAAGAUAACGGACAUCAUUAUAUUCUUCCAAGCUGUUUGUAGGGGAUACUUGGCCAGAAAAGCUUUUGCUAAGAAGCAGCAGCAACUGAGUGCAUUGAAAGUUUUACAAAGAAAUUGUGCAGCAUAUUUGAAACUAAGGCACUGGCAGUGGUGGAGAGUGUUCACAAAGGUGAAGCCUCUGCUUCAGGUUACUCGUCAGGAGGAAGAACUUCAGGCUAAAGAUGAGGAACUGGUAAAGGUGAAAGAGAAACAGAGUAAAGUGGAAGCAGAACUAGAAGAGAUGGAAAGAAAGCAUCAGCAGUUGGUAGAAGAGAAGAACAUUCUUGCCGAACAACUGCAAGCGGAGACAGAACUCUUUGCUGAGGCUGAAGAGAUGAGAGCUCGCCUGGCUGCCAAGAAGCAAGAGUUAGAAGAAAUUCUGCAUGAUUUGGAAUCCCGGGUAGAAGAGGAGGAGGAACGGAAUCAAGUGCUUCAGAACGAAAAGAAAAAAAUGCAGUCACACAUACAGGAUCUAGAGGAGCAACUUGAUGAGGAAGAAGGAGCUCGACAGAAGCUACAGCUUGAGAAGGUAACAGCUGAAGCAAAAAUAAAGAAAAUGGAGGAAGAAAUCAUAUUAUUGGAGGACCAGAAUUCCAAAUUUCUUAAGGAAAAGAAAUUAAUGGAGGACAGAAUUGCAGAAUGUACUUCACAGCUGGCUGAAGAAGAAGAAAAAGCUAAAAAUUUAGCAAAGCUGAGAAACAAACAAGAAAUGGUAAUCACAGAUCUGGAAGAGCGCUUGAAAAAAGAAGAAAAGACUCGCCAAGAGCUAGAAAAAGCAAAAAGGAAGCUUGAUGGAGAAACCACUGAUUUACAAGACCAAAUUGCAGAACUGCAGGCCCAAAUAGAGGAAUUAAAAAUCCAACUUGCCAAGAAAGAGGAAGAACUGCAGGCUGCCCUUGCCAGAGGGGAUGAAGAAGUGAUGCAAAAAAACAAUGCACUCAAACUAAUCCGAGAAUUGCAAGCCCAAAUUGCAGAGCUGCAAGAGGACCUUGAAUCAGAAAAGGCUUCCCGCAAUAAGGCAGAGAAGCAGAAGAGAGACCUGAGUGAGGAGUUAGAAGCACUGAAGACAGAGUUGGAAGACACCUUGGAUACUACUGCAGCUCAGCAAGAGCUCAGGACAAAGCGUGAGCAGGAAGUUGCUGAACUGAAGAAAGCCCUUGAGGAAGAAACAAAGAACCAUGAAGCCCAAAUUCAGGAUAUUAGACAAAGGCAUGCGACAGCCUUGGAAGAGCUUUCAGAACAGCUUGAACAGGCCAAAAGAUUCAAAGCAAAUCUUGAAAAGAACAAACAGUGUUUGGAAACAGAUAACAAAGAGCUGGCCUGUGAGGUGAAAGUUUUGCAGCAGGUUAGAUCUGAGGCAGAACACAAGAGGAAGAAGCUAGAUGGUCUGGUACAGGAACUGCAGGCCAAAGUCACAGAAGGAGAGAGGCUGAGGACAGAACUGGCAGAAAAAGCAAACAAACUUCAGAAUGAACUGGACAAUGUUUCAAGUCUCUUGGAAGAAGCAGAGAAAAAAGGCAUAAAAUUUGCCAAAGAUGCUGCAAAUUUAGACUCUCAGCUACAAGAUACCCAGGAACUGUUGCAAGAAGAGACACGCCAGAAACUGAAUUUGAGUAGCAGGAUUCGGCAGUUGGAAGAAGAGAAGAACAAUCUGCAAGAGCAGCAGGAAGAAGAGGAAGAAGCAAGGAAGAUUUUGGAAAAGCAUGUAAUAACUCUGCAGUCUCAGUUAGCUGAUGCCAAAAAGAAGGUUGAUGAUGACCUAGGAACUAUUGAAGGGCUGGAGGAGAAUAAGAAGAAACUGUUGAAGGACAUGGAAAUUCUCACCCAACGUUUAGAAGAAAAAGCAUUGGCAUUUGAUAAGUUGGAAAAAACCAAAAACCGCCUUCAACAAGAACUGGACGACUUAAUGGUGGACCUUGAUCAUCAACGUCAAAUUGUUUCCAACCUGGAGAAGAAGCAGAAGAAAUUUGAUCAGAUGCUGGCAGAAGAAAAGAAUAUAUCUGCUCGUUAUGCGGAAGAAAGGGACCGUGCUGAAGCUGAGGCACGAGAAAAAGAGACCAAAGCACUGUCUCUGGCACGAGCCCUGGAGGAGGCUCUGGAGGCUAAGGAAGAGUUUGAGAGACAAAACAAGCAACUCAGAACAGAAAUGGAGGACCUGAUGAGCUCCAAAGAUGAUGUCGGCAAAAAUGUUCAUGAGUUGGAAAAAUCCAAGCGUACAUUGGAGCAGCAAGUGGAAGAAAUGCGAACACAGUUAGAAGAACUAGAGGAUGAGCUGCAAGCCACCGAAGAUGCCAAACUGCGCCUGGAAGUGAACAUGCAAGCCAUGAAAGCACAGUUUGAGAGGGAUCUUCAAGCAAGGGAUGAGCAGAAUGAGGAGAAGAAGAGACUCUUAGUAAAACAAGUCCGGGAACUGGAAGCAGAAUUGGAAGAUGAAAGAAAGCAGCGGGCUUUGGCUGUGGCAUCCAAGAAGAAAAUGGAAGCAGAUUUGAAAGAUUUGGAAGCUCAGAUUGAGGCAGCAAAUAAGGCCCGCGAUGAAGCCAUCAGGCAGUUGCGCAAACUUCAGGCUCAAAUGAAAGAUUAUCAACGUGAACUAGAAGAGGCUCGCGCAUCUCGAGAUGAAAUUUUUGCUCAGUCAAAGGAAAAUGAAAAGAAGCUCAAAGGUCUCGAAGCAGAAAUUCUUCAACUUCAAGAGGAACUUGCAGCUUCAGAACGAGGCAGACGACAUGCAGAGCAAGAGAGAGAUGAGCUGGCUGAUGAAAUUGCCAACAGUGCCUCUGGAAAGUCUGCCUUGCUUGAUGAGAAGCGUCGCUUGGAAGCCCGAAUCGCACAACUGGAAGAGGAACUGGAGGAAGAGCAAAGCAACAUGGAGCUCCUCAAUGACCGUUUCCGCAAAACCACUCUACAGAUCGACACGUUGAAUUCCGAGCUGGCUGCCGAGCGGAGCGCCGCCCAGAAGAGCGAGAAUGCUCGCCAGCAGUUAGAACGGCACAACAAAGAGUUGAAAGCUAAGCUUCAGGAGUUGGAAGGCUCAGUCAAAUCCAAGUUCAAGGCAACCAUUUCAGCACUAGAAGCAAAGAUUGGGCAACUGGAAGAACAGCUGGAGCAGGAGGCAAAGGAGAGGGCAGCGGCCAAUAAGCUAGUACGCCGCACAGAGAAGAAGCUGAAGGAAGUAUUUAUGCAGGUGGAAGAUGAACGCCGACAUGCAGACCAAUACAAGGAACAGAUGGAGAAAGCUAACACUAGGAUGAAACAGCUCAAGCGCCAGCUAGAAGAAGCAGAGGAGGAAGCCACACGUGCUAAUGCAUCACGUCGUAAACUUCAGCGUGAAUUAGAUGAUGCUACUGAAGCCAACGAAGGCCUUAACCGAGAGGUCAGCACUCUGAAGAAUAGACUAAGGAGAGGCGGCCCGAUCACCUUUUCCUCCAGCCGAUCUGGAAGGCGCCAACUGCACAUUGAAGGAGCUUCACUGGAACUUUCAGACGAUGACGCAGAGAGUAAGGGGAGUGAUAUCAAUGAACCUCAAGCUGCCCAAACCGAGUAGAGUGUCCCCGCUAUGUUAAACUGCCAACAUUCCCCACAGUGCGACUUCUUUCCAUACGUUUGAAAGGAGAACUUAACUGGCCACCAAAUUGCUUUGUGGCCAGCUAGAUCUGCCGUAGGCAAAACUGGCAUAGCAUUAGGUCAUGUAUUGCAGGUCAGUCAAAGCAUUAUUGCUGUCUGGCUUUGCCAUAUUGUAAACUUUUGGAUAUAGGUACCACUACUUAUAUGUAUUAAAAUAUCUCUGUUCAGUGCUUUUUGUUUCAACUUAUCCAUUGUAAAGCCAUUUUUCUAAGGCACUGAAUGAUAAGCGGGUCUGCCCUCUGUCCCAGGCAGAAACUCUGGCAGCUGCCUAUGCCUUUUUGCUAUGCAUGCAUAGCUACCUAGCAGUGGCACUCCCUUUCUGUGGGUUUUCUCUUCCCUACUUAUUUGCAAGACCUUGUGGCUGACCCAAGGUCACCUGACUUUGAAAAUGUCCUGAAGGAGCUUUAGUUCACACUAUAACUAGCCAGCUGCUUGUUCUACUUAACGGGCAUUUUCCCACUUUGGCAAUCUGAUGUCUUCCUGCUCCGGACAUCAUGAAUAGUCGGUUGAUCUGGAUAGGAUGCUGAUGAUUCUGUUUCUGAAGUAAUAUUCCAUAUAAGUUGGAAAGCCUCAGCAUGGAAGUUGAAUGACACCUCCCAGAAGCAACUGUUUUCUUCCUGAAAGGCUGGGGAUAGGAGUGCUAGCUGAAGUUCUUGCCAGCUUUCUUGGUUCCCAUCGGUAUAUAUUUGCUAGAGGUAGCAAAGGGACACUGCCUGUAAAUGAACACACCAGUGGAGCUACCCUCUCCCCAUUUUCAGCUUUCACUUGGGUGAAAUGCAUUUAGCUAGUAUUGUUUUUGUCCUAGCUAAGAAUUGACAUUUACAGAAAGUGCCUUAGACACUGCAGUACUAAGACAAUGUUUCAUAUAUAAUUUGCCUAUAACGAUGAUUCAGUGUAUUGAUUUUUGAUCAUAUCAUGCUGCAUCUCCUAUUACAAGUGGUAUUAUCAAUCUCCAGUGAUAAGAAUGAAUCAGUGUUAACUACAGAAUCUUGAACUCUUGCAACAUGCUUGAAACAAUAUUUUUCUUUGGUUAAAAGCUUUAACAUAUGUUACAAAGCUUUUGUUUUUGUGCAUUUGGAUAUUUCUUAUUCAAACUGGCUGUUGAUCACCAGACAUCUGACUGCAAAUACCUUGUUUCUUUGUAUCCCCAUAUUUUUAGACAAUUUUUUGUAAAGACAAUAAAUUUAUUCAUU